CAUGCUCACCAUCUACUCGAACGAGACGCAUCGCGCAAGCCGCGGCGAGGCCGUGCCCCACGAGAGCCUCCAGAUCGACAACUGGGUCUACGAGAUCAAGACGGCCUGCGCCGGCUUUGGCACGGACGAGGACAAGCUCAGCAACGCCCUCGCCACCAAGACUGCGAGCGAGCGCUACCUUAUUUCCGCCCGGUACCCCGAGCUCCAACGCGUCUCGCUCCUCUCGGAAAUGAAGAGCGAGGUCUCGGGCAGCUAUGGCAAGCUGCUCCAGCUCCUCGCGCAGCCGCUCGAGGAGGCCGAGGCGCUCAUCAUUCGCGACGCGACCAAAGGCGCCGGCACGAACGAGAAGCUCGUCUACCCAGUCCUCGGUGGGCGCACGGCCGACGAGCUCCUCAUCCUCAAGAAAGCCUACUUCAAGACGUUUGCGCAGGACAUGGCGGUCGUCCUCGCCGACGACCUCGGCGGCGACCUCAAGGUGUUUGUCCAAGCCAUUCUCAACAUUAACCCGCCCGCGUACAACCCCGAGAUCCACACGCCGGCCAAGGCGGCCGAGGUGGCCGAGGUCAUCUACAAGGCCGGCGAGGGCAAGUGGGGCACGGACGAGUCGGCGUUCUGCAACGCGCUCGUCGCGAUUCCACCGGCCUUUCUCUCGUCUGUGAACGCGGCUUACAUUGCCAAGCACGGCAACAGCCUCGAGCGCGCCAUUGAGAAGGAGUUUGGCGGCAAAGCCGAAGACGCGCUCCUCUACCACGUCGGUAUGAUCCUUCACCCGAUCGAGACGAUCGCGGGCCAGUUUGAAAAGACGAUGAAGGGCAUCGGCACCGACGAGUACAACCUCUCGGCCGCGAUUGUCCGCUACCAGCACCUCCUCCCGCAGGUCAAGCAAGCGUACAAGGACAAGUACGACACGCCGCUUCGCGACCGCAUCUACGGCGAGACGUCCGGCAACUACCGCAAGGUGCUCCUCGCGAUCGUCGAGCAGGCGUCCUAAGUGCCUCAAUGCGAGCUUAUGCAUACACCCGAACUCUGGUUGAAGGUUAGAAUCAC